AUGUGUUCAGGUUCUGUAUUUUUCAUUUCAACUGUGCCUUCUGUCAUGGCUUGGAUGACUUAUAUUUCCCACUGGUUUGAUGAAGAUGAUUGGUAUGAAGGACAACAACGAGCAAAAAUGUCACAGGUUAAACAAGUGGCCCUUUUAGCUGCUGGAUGUCAGCCAUGGAACAAGGACGUAUGUGCUGCUAGUGGGGACAGAUUUGCCUACUGUGCUACCCUUGCUAUUUAUAUUUAUCAGCUGGAUCACCGAUACAAUGAAUUCAAGCUCCGGGCAAUUAUGUCUGAGCAUAAGAAGACAAUUACAGCCAUAUCUUGGUGUCCCCACAAUCCUGACAUGUUUGCAAGUGCCAGUGCAGAUAGUUUAGUGAUCAUUUGGAAUGUGACUGAACAGAAAGUUGUGGCCAAGCUGGACAAUACAAAAGGAAUUCCUGCGUCACUUAGCUGGUGCUGGAAUGCAGGUGAUGCAGUUGCAUUUGUGUCCCACAGAGGUCCAUUGUACAUUUGGACUAUCUCAGGACCUGACAGCGGGGUAACAGUACACAGAGAAGCACAUAGUUUCUUGUCAGAUAUCAGUCUGUUUAGAUGGCAUCCAAAGAAAAAAGGAAAAGUAGUAUUUGGACAUACUGAUGGAAGCCUAUCUAUUUUUCAACCAGGUUCUAAAAAUCAGAAACAUGUCUUAAGACCAGAGUCUCUUGAAGGAACAGAUGAAGAGGAUCCAGUUACAGCACUGGAGUGGGACCCUUUGUCAACUGACUACCUUCUUGUUGCUAAUUUACAUAAUGGUAUUCGACUAGUUGAUUCUGAAUCUCUGUCUUGUAUCACAACUUUUCAUUUUCCCAGUGCAGCAGCAUCUGUUCAGUGUUUAGCCUGGGUUUCUAGUGCACCUGGAAUGUUUAUAACUGGAGAUUCUCAGGUUGGUGUGUUACGUAUUUGGAACGUUUCACGUACAACACCUAUAGAUAAUUUUAAAUUGAAGAAAACUGGCUUCCAUGGUUUGCAUGUGCUGAGUUCUCCUCCAAAGAAAAAGUCAUGUUCAUCGCAGUAUCCUACUAAAAAUCACCAUACAUCCUCAACAAGUGAGGCUGUUCCUCCUCCAACUUUAAGCCAAAACCAAGCAUUUUCUCUUCCUCCUGGUCAUGCUGUCUGUUGCUUCAUGGAUGGUGGAGUGGGGCUUUAUGACAUGGGAGCCAAAAAGUGGGAUUUCCUUAGAGAUUUGGGACAUGUUGAGACCAUCUUUGAUUGCAAAUUCAAACCUGAUAACCCUGAUCUUCUUGCUACAGCUUCAUUUGAUGGCACAAUAAAAGUUUGGGACAUAAAUACUUUAACAGCGGUUUACACAUCUCCUGGUAAUGAGGGUGUUAUUUAUUCCCUUUCUUGGGCUCCAGGAGAUCUGAACUGCAUAGCAGGUGCAACAUCCAGAAAUGGUGGCUUCAUCUGGGAUGUCCUGAAAGGCAAAAUGAUAACCAGAUUCAGUGAGCAUGGAAAGAAUGGAAUCUUCUGCAUUGCCUGGAGUCAUAAAGAUUCCAAAAGAAUAGCAACCUGCAGCGGUGAUGGAUUUUGUAUUAUUCGAACCAUCGAUGGCAAGGUUCUUCACAAGUACAAACAUCCAGCUGCAGUGUUUGGCUGUGACUGGAGUCAAAACAACAAAGAUAUGAUAGCUACUGGUUGUGAGGAUAAAAAUGUUCGUGUAUACUACUUGGCUACCAGCUCUGAUCAGCCACUGAAAGUUUUUACAGGGCAUACUGCAAAGGUAUUUCAUGUGCGGUGGUCUCCUCUGAGAGAAGGAAUCCUCUGCAGUGGCUCUGAUGAUGGUACUGUUCGAAUAUGGGAUUAUACACAGGAUACUUGUAUAAAUGUUCUUAGUGGACAUACAGCUCCAGUACGGGGACUGAUGUGGAAUCCUGAAAUUCCUUACCUUCUAAUAUCCGGCAGUUGGGACUAUACAAUUCGAGUCUGGGACACAAGAGAUGGAACAUGUUUGGACACAGUUUAUGAUCAUGGUGCAGAUGUAUACGGAUUAACGUGUCAUCCUAGUCGUCCGUUUACUAUGGCAUCUUGCUCUCGUGACUCCACUGUGAGACUCUGGUCAUUGACACCUCUUAUAAACCCUCUACAAAUAAGUAUCUUAGCAGACAGAUGUUGGGAUGAGAUUAUUGGUAAUACAGAUCGUGCUGUGGAAUCUGGUGCUCCUCCUUUGCUGUGUGGUAAAGUUUCCAGGGAUAUUAAACAAGAAGUGGAAAAAUUGACAGGGAAUCCUCGAGGAAAAAAACUAAGGUGGUUUUCAGAAUGUUUUUCACCUCCAGGAGGCAGCAAAAAUUUAUGGGAUUUAGUUGCUGUAAUAAAAGGACAGGAUGACAGUUUGCUUCCACAAAACUACUGCAAAGGAAUUAUGCAUAUGAAACAUCUCAUUAGAUUUAGAAUGUCCAAGGCACAAGAACUGACAACAGUAAAAAUGUCCAAGUUUGGAGGUGGUAUUGGUGCACCAAGCAAAGAGGAGAGGCUUAAAGAAGCUGCAGAAAUACAUUUAAGAUUAGGACAAAUUCAGCGAUAUUGUGAACUAAUGGUAGAACUUGGAGAGUGGGACAAAGCUCUCUCAGUUGCACCUGGUGUAUCGAUGAAAUAUUGGAAGAAGUUAAUGCAAAGGAGAGCUGAUCAGUUAAUUCAGGAAGAAAAUGAUGAUGUCAUCCCGUAUUGUAUAGCUAUCGGAGAUGUGAAGAAACUAGUUUCUUUCUUUACUUCAAGAGGCCAGCUUAAAGAGGCUCUGCUUGUUGCACAGGCAGCUUGUGAGGGAAAUAUACAGAUGUCAUCACUCUCCACAACAAGUGGAUCUUCAAAUUCUGGUGGAAACAAUACAGAUGAUUACAAUGAGCUCCUGCACAAGGUCAGUAAAGAACUGGCAGAAUGGUAUUUCCAGGAUGGCCAUGCAGUGCUUGCAGCAUGUUGCCAUCUGGCUGUUGAAAAUACAGAGCUUGCGAUGGCAAACCUGAUUCGUGGAAAUGAACUGGAGUUGGCAAUCAGUGUGGGUACUGUCUUAGGAGAAAGUGCAGCACAAGCAACACAUUAUGCCCUAGAAUUACUAGCAAGAAAAUGUAUGACAGUGACAACAUGCUUUCCAUCACUUGGAUACAGGGAUUUAGCAGCUGAUCUUCUUAUGAUGAUUCCUGAUAAUAAACUGCAGUUAGUAAAACUAUGUGCUUUUUAUCCUGGAUGCAUAGCAGAAAUAAAUGACCUGCAUGAAAAGUGUAAUCUUCCUGACGUAGAAGAAUGUAUGCAAUUGGCAGAGACAAUUCAGGCAGAUGGGGAUAUAUUAGAAACUAUAAAGUACUACCUGUUAAGCACAGAACCUGAAAAGGCUCUCCCUAUUGGCAUUCAGUAUGUGAAAGAACAACUUUGUGGCUCAGAUUGGACUUUAGAUUCAGUCUGUCCGUAUCUUGAUCUUCUAAGUUACAUACGCACUGAACGACUAGUGUUGCAUAAAUGUAGUGAAUUUCGGAAUGAGUUGCUGAUUUUGUGUGGUUACAUUGGUGCUUUACUUGCUAUCAGAAGACAGUACAACAGCAUUGUACCUGCACUUUAUGAGUAUACAAGUCAGCUUUUAAAAAGACGGGAAGUAUCUGUACCUUUGAAAAUUGAACAGCUUUCUGAGGAGCUAGAUGCAUGGAGAGCUUGUACUCAAUUAAACAAGUCUGCCGAUGAAUUGCCAGGCACCCCGCCAUCUGAAUCGCAGAGAACAGUGUAUUCAAUACUUGUAUCACGAAUACAAGAGGAGCCUCUGAAAGGAAUGGUUGGGCCAGAUUAUGUCACUGGAUCAAAUCUUCCUAGUCAUUCAGAUGUUCACAUCUCUUGUUUGACAGGGCUAAGAAUACAGGGUCCAGUGUUCUUCCUUGAGGAUGGAAAAUCUGCUAUUUCACUGAAUGAUGCUUUGAUGUGGGCCAAAGUGAAUCCUUUUUCACCACUAGGAACAGGAAUACGACUUAACCCAUUUUGA